CAGGAGCAAAAGGCUUAUCUUGGAUAAAUCUGUAGGCCACAGUGUGAAAGACAAUUUGUAAUGAAUGUUUGGCAUACAGUUCUCAAGCAAUGAAAAUGAAAAGUGUUUAUUUUGUUGCUGGGCUCCUUUUAAUGAUAGUUCAAAGCAGCUGGCAAAAUCCUCUUCAGGAUACAGAGGAGAAAUCAAGAUCCUUCAAACCUUCCCAGUCUGAACCAUUAGAUGAAUCUAGACAGCUGAAUGAAGUGAAACGUCACUCACAAGGCACAUUCACCAGUGAUUACAGCAAGUACUUGGACACUAGACGAGCUCAGGACUUUGUACAGUGGUUAAUGAGCACUAAAAGAAAUGGCCAACAAGGACAGGAGGACAAAGAAAAUGACAAAUUCCCGGACCAGCUCUCAAGCAAUGCAAUCUCCAAGCGUCAUGCUGAAUUCGAGAGACAUGCUGAAGGCACCUAUACCAGUGAUAUCACCUCAUAUUUGGAAGGUCAAGCUGCCAAAGAGUUCAUUGCUUGGUUAGUGAAUGGACGAGGAAGAAGAGAUUUCCCAGAAAAAGCUCUUGUGGCCGAAGAAAUGGGCCGAAGACAUGCAGAUGGCACUUUCACAAGUGAUAUCAACAAAGUCCUUGAUGACAUGGCUACCAAAGAGUUCCUAAAAUGGCUGAUUAACACAAAAGUUACCCAAAGAGACCUUUUGAGAGACUACCAGUAGAAGUGCAGAAUAAAAAUGGGAUAAAUGAAGACCUUCAUUGCAUCAACUGCCAGUUAUUAAGAGAUUCUGAGAUCUGUAUUCUGUCGUUUACAUUGGGUGUAACAGAGCUAUGUCACCUUGCAUGCCAGGAAAUAAUUGUACUAUAGUUUAGUGUUGCCAAAGGUUUAUAUAUGGAAAACCUACUGUCUAAGGGAUGCUUAUCUUAACAGCUUUAAGACUAUGAGAGUUCCAUAUCUUCAUAUUUUCCAUUUAUUAGGACUGAAGAUAAGGAUAAAAUUAUUUUUCUAAAAACUUGACUUUACACACAAAGGAUUCAAUCACCAAUUACAUGUGUUAUUUGUAAGGGGCUGGCAGUUACAAAUGCCUGAGAAGUGAAUACCCCUCUUAAAACCUUUGUUAUAAAAAGGCUAAGCUUUAAGGAUAUUAAAUGAUAGCCUUAAAUAAAUUUUUUCAAGCUUC